GGCGGAAUUUCCUCGCUGCUCUCAAUUCUUGUUCCUCUGUCGUUCCCUGUAAAAUAGUUACCAUUCCCCGCGAGUUCGUCUCUUCAUGAAACUUUGACAGGAAGCAUGUCUUCGAUGCAGCCAGAGAUCGUUGUGGGGAUUGAUUUUGGGAUGACAUUUACUGGUGUUUCCUAUCUUAGGACGCAUAUGCCUGCUCCCAUUUUCAUCCAAAAAUGGCCCAUGCGAGCUCACGAGUCGAACCGAAAAGUACCUACGGUGUUGCAUUAUCCUCCAAUGGGUGGCUCUCCGGAAUGGGGAUUCCCUUGCCAGUUCGUUGAUGGAAAACACGAAUGGUUUAAGCGUUAUCUUGACCCGGCUCACCUAGAGGAUUGUCGAAGACAAGUACCCGAUAAUGACCUGCCAACGAUUGAUGAAGUCAGAAGGUGGUAUCGAGACUAUAUGUCAUGUCUUUUCACAUACAUUAGUCGUUACCUUCAAGACAUCAUGGGCGAUUGGCACGCGCGGCGUGUUGAGUUCAUUUUCAGUUUACCGACCACAUUCAGGUCGCAGGAGAUUAGUACUACCUUACGAGACCUGCUGAGGCAGGCGGGAUUUGGCAGAGGAACCCAUCAUACAUUAGAUUUUGGUCUCACAGAACCUCAGGCGGCGGCGGUGGACGCUGCAAAACACAGCACAAAAUCUCUCAAUGGUGGUGAUAUUUUAUUGGUAUGUGACGCUGGUGGUGGAACGACUGAUUUUGCACUUCUCGAACAAAUGACUGCCCGAGGGGCGAGACCUGAGCUUCGAGAACUAACCACUGUUCCUGGUAUCGACGUGGGGUCUACAAACAUUGACACAGCCUUCGAAACUUUGGUCGACAGUCGCCUUCGAGCCGGACGCUUGCAUCUUGCUGAAAAUACUUCGUGGACGAUGAUGAACAGCACAGAAUUUCAGAUGUGGAAGUGCAGUUUUGGUCAUGCUUCAACGGAAGACACUCCAAGAUUCACAGUAACUGUUCCUUAUCUCGACGAAGGGGUUUCCAACAGAGAGGCUGGAAUUGAAGGAGGCAAGAUGACUUUCUCACACUCUGAUUUCGAGGACUUGUUUGACCCUCAAGUGAGGGAAAUAGUCAGAGUGAUUAGACAGCAGCUGGAUCGUCUGAGGCAGACACAUCCUGGUAGAUUCGUGAAUUAUCUCAUUUUGUCUGGUGGUUUGGGAAGCUCUCCAUAUCUUCUCAAAAAGCUUCGAACCGCAUUCGUUCUCAACAAGCACCAGGCCGCACCAUAUCUCGAGAUCUUAUUAUCUGACGAACCGCAAUUAGCAGUUUGUAGAGGACUGGUGAUCGAUCGAAUGCAGAGAAUCACAACAAACAGAAAUGUGUUGACUGGGCGGAUCUGCCCGGCCUCUUAUGGUAUUCUGUGCGAUAUGCCUUACGACGAAGAUAAUCCUCAACAUAUCAACCAAACUCCUUACAAGGACCCAAUCAACGGGCUUCUUUAUGUAAGGAAUCAAGUCGAUUGGAUGAUCAAGAAGGGCGAAAUGAUCGACAUCGACAAACACGUUGCUCAUAAUUUUACAAAGAUCGUGUGCAAAGUAAAAGAAGAGAAGACGGAGACGAAUGAUAACAGACGGAUAUGGAGAAACAGAGUCGUCAUUUCACACGCUGACAUACAUCGCCUACCAAGUAAUUCGGAUCAUGCCGAUUGCUUCGUCUUGUGCAACAUCACAUCCAACCUCUCUUCGGUACCAAUGAGCGAAUUCGAGAUCGUCAAAGAGCACAAGUCAUGGUACAAAAUUGGCUCCCGCGAAAAAUGGCGAAUCGCCGAACACGAAGUCCGAGUCGUCAUCGGGUCGACGGACAUCAAGUUCGAGCUCUGGUUCAAAGAACAACAAUACAACAAGCCUAACAGUAUCAGGGUAGAGUGGUUAGAAGGAGCUACUAUUGCGGCGCCAAACGAGAAUAGGCGGCUGGAUUCUAAUAUCCUGGACGGGAUCAGGAAGAGGAAAGCUAUUAAGAACUCGAAGGAUAAAGACAAGACGGCGCAGAAUUUGAGGAGUAACUUGAGGAGUCCAAGGUUAGGGGGAUCGUCGAGGAGCAGGUUUUGAUAGGAGCGGUCAUUGGGAUGUGGUGCUUUGAUGUGAGAUAAGAUGAGACGAGUUGAGAUGAGAUGAGAAACGAUAUGAUACCCAUGCGUGGUGUUUGGUGUUGGGUUACUCUUGGCUCUGCCACAAAAGGGCGAGAAGAGUUUAGCAUUUGCAUAAAUUUAACUAUUGGCCUUUACUUUCAAG